AUGCCUUCGCGCACGGAAGUUGCGAAACACAACUCGAAAAACUCAUGCUGGGUCGUCAUUUCUGGCAUCGUCUACGACGUUACCAAGCUGAUUGACCAGCAUCCUGGAGGCGCAAACGCGAUUCUCGCGCUGGCCGGUAAAGACGCAACUGAAGAUUUUGACCUUUUCCAUUCGUCAGACACGAUCAAGAGUAGGCCUAAACAAGUCAUUGAGAUAGGACCUAUUGCUGCCGGCGGCGGCUCAUCACAGCCACCUCCGUCGCCAGUGGCAUCUUUCAUAGCAGCAGAGACGUCAGACUCCCGAGAAACGUCGUUAAAGAUGAGUGCAAAGCUUCCACUCGUUGCGUGUAGAUCUCUGCAGGACUUUGAAAAUACCGCUCUCCAGCUACUGCCGGAGAGAAGCCGUGUGUAUUUCCAUACCGGAUCAGAAACAAGAUCUGCAUUUGACAACAACCGGGCUGACUGGGCCCGCCUCACCUUCCGGCCGCGUGUUCUCCGAGAUUCGUCCAAGCUCUCUAUGAGAGAGCAAAUUAUGGGCGUUCAUAGUACCCUGCCCAUCUUCAUCGCUCCCACAGCUUCUGCGCAACUCGGCAAUCCGGACGGCGAGCUUUGUUUCACUCGGGCUGCUGCGCGUAUGGGAAUCCCGCAAGGACUCAGCACGUAUGCCUCUAAGUCUCCGAAGGAGGUGGCUGAAUGUUUUCAGAAUGACCCAGAAAGGCGUGGCGGUGCUUUAUUCUACCAACUCUAUGUGCCGAAAACGAAGGGCAAUGCUAAGCGUAUGCUAGCCGAGGCAAAGUCUUUGGGUUACAAGGCUCUCCUACUCACUGUUGAUAACCCCGUUCUCGGCAAGAGGGACGAGAAUGAUCAAUACAAAGAACUUGCUGCGCUGGGACCUGACGACGAAAAGCGGCCAUACGCCACGCCCCCUCUCCCCGGUGAAGAGCCAGACGUCCCGCGGGCUAUCCAUGAUCCCACACUUUCUUGGGAUGACUUGCCGUGGAUUCGGAAAGCGUGGGGAAAUGGACCUUUAAUUCUAAAGGGUAUCCAAUGCGUUGAAGAUGCAGUGGAAGCAUUGCGCCACGGUGUUGACGGCAUAUAUAUUAGCAACCACGGAGGAAGACAGCUAGAUUACGCACCAAGCGCGGUAGAAGUACUGCUUGAGAUUCGCCAAAAUGCUCCUCAGGUCUUCGAAAAACUCGAUGUCUACGUUGAUGGCGGCAUCAUGAGGGGCACGGACGUGGUCAAGGCGAUUUGCCUAGGAGCGAAAGCAGUCGGCAUAGGGCGUGGCUUCCUGUAUGCUCUGUGUUCCCACGGUACUGACGGUGUUGUUCGAGCCAUCGAAAUCAUGAGCGAAGAAAUUCAAACCACAAUGCGGCUUCUUGGAGUCACGGAUUUAUCGCAGCUAAACUUAUCGUUCCUGAAUUUUAGCCGAUUCUCGCAGGCAAAGGAUAUCAGGUUAUUUUCAUCCAAACUUUGA